CGGUCAUCCGAAGAUUGGAGACGAGGCUCGAGCGCCUAAUCUGCACGCUCAAAGCGCACUCAUUGCCUUUUCGCCUAAUAUCGCCCCAAUCGACAUGCAGCACACCCCUUGGACUAAAGGCUCACUCCCCUCCGACCGUAUCAAGCCGCGGUACAACAAUAAUAAGCACCAAGUGGGCGGUAGGGGUUCACCGAAGGGCAAGGAGCCAGCCGGACCACCAAGGAGUCGUGCGGUGCGCAAACUCGAGAAGCAGAUCGACGCAUUACGGUCGGCGAGAGGUGUAAAGGAUCCCUUGGGCGGCUGCUAUUGCAUGGCCCGCGAACACGCCUUAUCCUCCUACGCCCCUGCUUGCACUCAUUGUGGACUCAUACUCUGCGCGAUCAACGGCCCUGAAUAUGUCUGUCCCCACUGCGAGUCCCCUCUCCUCUCCCCAGACGCCGCUGCACGCCUCAUCGAGCGCCUCGAAAAUGAGGUCAACGCAACCCUCGCGAGGGAGGAAGCCGCCCUCGUCCGCGCCGAGGCAGAUGCCCGCGCACGCGCCGGAGCGUUCCCCACACUAUCUGGCUCUACUCCUCCGCUACGAACGCCCUCUCCUGCGCAGAAUCAAGCACACAAGGUGCUUUCGCUGAACUCGCGGACGAAGAAGGCGACGGUGACGACGUUCACGCCGGCACCGUCACCACCGCCGGCAGCGAAGCAAGGCUUGGAAGAGGAGGCUGAGCCGGAGGUCGUGCGCGUGCCGCCCCCGCUAUCCGAGCCGCAUCAUGCGAAGAGGAAAGUGGACGCGCAGAGGCCGUGGAAGAAUCUGCUGGGUGCUGGCGCGCAAUACGUGCCUCAGCCGAAGGAGAAGGCGGCGGGGAGCUCGCGGAGGGGGAAGAAGAAGGGGAAGGAUGCGCAGGUUGGUGACGUCCCGGCAUGAGAUGUUGGAUCGGGUAUAGGAUUUCGUGGCUAGUCAGGGGCAAUUCUACUGGGUACCCUGCAGGGCGUACUGUAUUGCGACCCGAUCUCAUGCGGGAUGGAUGCCUGCGCGAUGGCGUCCCGCUGGCGCCCUUGUUAGAGUUGGAGAUGUUCCUUGGGUCGAUGGCUCUGUUCCUUGUCGUCGUCAGAUGACCUCGGGCAUCAACAUCAACCAGAACAAGGAAGGUUCCAUUCGCGGACUGAGAGUGACCGUAACAGUUCAGAUUACGAGCCGCAUAGACGGUUUACGCAGGAUACACAAGGUAUUCAGGUCGAGAGCGCGAUAGCCAUUCGCGUGAAGGUGCAAAUCUUCUCUGUAAGUACGUGCAAAGGAAUAUUCUGAAAGGCGGAAGGAACAGGCGCAAGGGAUGGCGCAAACUGCGCACUGUUACAUGU